UUAAAAAAGUUGCGUUUGCGAAACUAGUCUAGUUGCCAGUGGAAAAUAUGGAGAUUCAUAUCCUUGUAAAGUUCCGUUCGAAUCGGUGAUGGCCAAGUUUUAUAGUCUGCUGCUUUCUCAUGGAAUACCUCGCAAACGGUGUUUUGUUUAAAAGGUAUGGGAAAAUGAUAAGAAAAUCCUUCGUCCAAACUCAAAGCCAAAGGAGCAAACCGAAAAUGACCAUGGGGAUCAACCCUCAACAAGUUGGAGAAUUGACCAAAUUUAUGGAGCUACACCCGGAUCUCGCUCGUGGGAUCCUCAACAGAGCGGACGGGAGGCACAACUCAAAUAAAUUGUGGGACAAUAUUAAAGAGCGUUUGAACGAAAAAGGUCCUCCCAUGCGGGAAGUAAAGGAAUGGAAAAAAGUUUGGGCAGAUUAUAAAUACAAUGUUAAAAACAAACUACAAAACAAUCUAAACAGCAUCCGCAAAACUGGAGGUGGGCCAAAUGAGAUAAAAAACCUCAACCCAUUCGAAGAGAGCGUGGUCCGAUCAGCGGGUUUGGAGGCGGCUGUUAAUGGUGUCAAUGGGACAAAGGCGUUUGGAGCCAACAGCAACAAUCUCAGACUAACGUCAUCGACAGAGACAGACGAAGGCCAAUCAGUUGAUAGCCCCCAGAGAAUGGAGCAAUACACUACGGAAUGGCUAGAAGGAAACUACACGAGCGAGUUAACGGAAGUAAAUUUGGUAGAAGACACUGCCAAUGACGAGAAUGAAAAUCAAUCAACAAACUGUGCACCAUUUUUACCUCGCCGCCGCAUGAACUAUAAAGCCGAAAAACUGAAGCUUUUUAAAAGAUACGUAGAAGCACUCGAAGAAAGCAAUAGCAUUCAAAGAGAGCUAUUGUCUGCUCAAAAAGAAAACUGUUGCGUGCAACAACAGUUGCUCGAAUUCAAACGAAGAAAAUACUGUCAGAAUGUUUCAAAUGAUAGUGAUUAA